AUGGAUUUCGUCGAUUCCCACGCGGGAAGCCCGGCGACCAGGCCAAUAGCCGUCUGUUCUCGCCCGCUCACAACGACGGCGCGGCGCAUCCGUCCCCGCUCCGCGGCGCCGCCGCCGCCCGGUGUCGGCAGCGUCGGAGGCGGUAGGGAAGCGUGUCGGCAAGCAUAUCUCAAGCAGGCGGGCGGCGUCAGCGGCGGAGCCUUUUCUCCCGCGUGGACGGGAGGGGUGUCGAUUCCCGCCUCGGGACUGUCGAUGUCCACCGCGUUGCUGCUGUCACUGCUGGCCGUUUCGGGUGCGGCCGCACCGGCGGCGGCGGCGGCGGCAGCGGUGGCGGCGGCGGCCGCAGCGCCACAAUCGCCGCCAACAACGGCACCGUCCCCCUUCUCGUCCACGGCAUUUUGCUCGGCUUGGCCGCCGCCGCCGCUAAGGGUCUGUGUAGGUGUUCCGUCUGCCUGGCGACCGGCUUCCACCCGGCGUCUGCGCAGACGCAGCAACGCCAGCAACGCCAGCAGCGCGGCGCGGUCAACAGCCGGGCGAAGUAGAGCACCGUCGGCCCUUUGCAGCCGUCGGAAUAGUAUCAGCUGUUCCUGGUCGACGGGCGCACCACCACCACCGACACCUUCGUGGUUGUGGAAAGGAAGAAGGGCGAGAAGUUACGGGGGGGGGCGCUGCUUGAGCGGGGGGGGGCUACUACCGCCGCGUUCGCGCCUCCGGAGCAGAACCCAAAUAGGGCUCACGGACGACUGGAGCACGGGCGAGGCGAGCCACCGACCAGAGGACGGAGGCGCCGGCUGGAACUGCGAGUGGGAUGACGACGUGGACCUCUUGACCAGUUUCGGCUUCGACGGGGACGGCGACGGCAGCGGCCCCGCCGACACCGACGCCUCCACCGUAGACGACGCGCCGUCCCUCUCGGAGCGAGACGCGGCGCGCCUGGAGGAGGUCGGCAUCAUGGUCGAGGAGCUGGAAGGAAACCGGGGCGGGGGCACGGCGGCGGCGGCGGGGGCAACCGCCGCGGUUUGGGGGACGGCGGGGGGCGCCGCCGCCACCAGCGACCCGUCGCCGUCGGCGGCGGCGGCGGCGGCUAGAAACGACGCGGAUAUCAAGGAGCUGAUGCGCACGGCCAGGAAGGGGGACCUCGCCGGGCGCGCGAUGGACAGCGCACGCUUGCGCAUGACCUGCGGGGACCCCGUUUUUUUCGCGCACCUCGCCGAGCUGAUGCAGGGGGUCCACCGGCAAUCCGGCGGGAGGAAGUUCCUGAACCACGAGGAAGAGAUGGAGCUCGGGGAAACGGUGCAGCGGUAUCGGGGGCUAAUCGAGGCACAGGAGAAGGCGGAGAAAGACAGCGGCCGCAGGCCGCGCCUCCGGGACGUAGCGCGCUCCGCGGGACUGUCAGAAGAGGCGUUCGCCUCCGUCAUGCAGGCCGGCAUGGAGGCGAGGCAGAAGCUGGUGGUGUGCAACCUGGCCCUGGUGGUCUCGUUGGCGAACAAGUACAAGCGGAGCCACUUUGACUGCGGCUGCCUGCAGACCCUGAUUCAAGAGGGCACCAUCGGUCUCAUCCGGGCCGCGGAGAGAUACGACCCCAGCAAGGGCUUCCGCUUCACGACCUACGCCAUCUGGUGGAUCGAGGCGAGGCUUCGCGUGUCGGUCCAAACGGAAGAGCGUUUCAUCCACGUGCCUAUGUGGGUAAAAAACCAGUACAACACCGUGCACAGAUCGGUCCCAAAGCUGAGGAAAUCACUGGGGAGAGAGCCUACGUCGGAGGAGCUGGCGGCACAGGUGGAAAUCGAUACAAACUCAAAGGUGGUGGUGACCCCGAAGCGCGUGGAGGAGCUGGAGACGUGGGUGUCGUUCCACCGCAAGCACGAGUCCCUCGACGUACCCCUGGAGGUUUCGACACCUGUGCCGGCAGACUGCUCCACGAUAGAAGAUGGUGUGAAGGCACCGGAUCCGUCCACGGAGUCGACGUCCGAGUUGGAGAUUCAGCGAGAUUUCCUGGAAAGCUGUCUGUGCCAAGACCUCAGCAAAAUACAGCGCAAGAUCCUGCGCAUGAAGGUUGGGCUCGGGGGAGAGAAGGGCAAGAACCGGCAGGAGAUAAGCAGGGCGUUGAAGAUGCCCUUCAACAACGUUAUCAGCGAGGAAAGGAAGGCGUUCUACAAGCUCCGAGGCUUGCAGAGGGGCGGGGGCUACCCCAGCUUUGAGGAGCUCAAGUAA